ACGCUGUCAUAUCCAAUCUGGUAAAGUUGCAAUAUAAUCGCCAGAUUUUGUUAUAACAUGACGUGAUGGAAACUAUGAUGAUGAGACCCUAGGCAAGAUUGAUCUGGAAAGAUAAAAUAAUGAACCUGAAAGCAGCAGUGAAAUUCUAGUCUGAGAGAUCUUUGCCCUAAUUCAAUUCCUUAGUCAUAGUUGCCAGUUACCAGGAUGGAGAAAAGGAAACGGAGAAGCAGCAGAGAGCAGACAGUGUGUCACGAUUCCGGCCGCCGGCAGGUAUCCGGCAACCGGAGUUGAGCUUCUGUGCACGCCAUAUUGCAUUAUUGUAUUCUUGUUUUCCUUAGAAGGUAAGGAAGUAGUUUGUCCGUUAGCUGUCCAAAAGGGGAAAUUCCAAAUCUACCCAUCUCCAAUCUUCUUCCCCCGCCAUCGCCAUAAAAGCCGUUUCCCAGUUCUUCACGCAUCCUGUGGUUCUAAUCCAACGGAAGCGAAAAGCAGCGCCAUGGCUUCUCUCCCAGCCCGAUUGAUUCUCUCUCUGCAAUUGCUGAUCCUGUUGUUCGGAUCCGGUUGCGCAAACCGAAUCCGCGACGGCGGGGAUGCGGAAACCCUGGAAUUGCGAAAAAAACAGCGAGAGUUUGAUUUCUUCAAGCUCUCUCUCCUGUGGCCCGGCACCGAGUGUAGGAACACGCGCCGCUGCUGCUCCUCCAACGCCUGUUGCCGGUCGAACUCGCCCACUGAAUUCACAAUCCACGGACUCUGGCCUGAUUACAAUGAUGGAACUUGGCCAGCUUGUUGCAAAGGUUCCCAGUAUGAUGAAAGCCAAAUCUCAGCACUGGCAAGUGCAAUGAAAAAGUACUGGCCAACUUAUCAAUGUGGUUCCUCAUCGACUUGCCAUCACAGCAAAGGAUCAUUUUGGGCUCAUGAGUGGGAGAAACAUGGAACAUGUUCCUAUCCAGUUGUCCAGAACGAAUAUGAUUACUUUUUGACAACUCUGAAUGUUUUCUUCAAGUAUAAUGUUACGGAAGUGUUGUACAAAGCUGGAUAUGUGCCCUCAAAUUCUGAAAAGUAUCCAUUAGGAGGCAUCAUUUCAGCCAUUCAAAAUGCUUUCCAUGCAACCCCAGAAUUGACAUGUUCUCGUGGUGCUGUUGAGGAACUUCGACUAUGCUUCUACAAGAAUUUUGAGCCACGCGACUGUGCGACACAAUCUAGCCUCAAUAGUUUCAAAGGCUCAUCUUGCCCCAAGUAUGUCAGCUUACCUGCACAGACAUCAGCAUUGUGGCUAGAAAACAAUGAAGAAGAAGCAUCUUUGGCUACACUGUAGAUGGUUGCCCAUACUUGAGACUACCGUAAUGCCAAAUGGCAGUAGCUCAUUGGUUUACAUAUAUAUUGUUGCUUGAGUAUCAUAGUUUGUAAUAUCCUUUACAAUGAGAGCUUGUCAACAUUCCAUUUUUGCCAGUUGAUGUAUGGAACACGGAGUAAUUCAUAAAUAUAAGUAAGAGUUAUACUUUGACCA